GCUCCGUCUGUGUUUUGACGCUGAGCGCAGCAGCAGAGAAGAGUCGCCGCUCCGUCAACUGUUGGCCUCUCCGGUGUAAUCUGGAUUACAGUGUCGUCCGGUCUGCAGCCAGGACUCCCUAUAAUCACAUUGUUCUGUAUUGGGUUGACUCCUCGUGAAGCGGACAAGGGAAGAAGCGAUGUGAAACGGCGCUGGACGCGAAUAUUUUGCAAACCGUGCAUUUAGAUAAAACAUCUUCUACGUAGUUGUGACGUGCUUUUUGUGCAACGAAGAUUGGCUACAAUCCGAGAAAAGUUGAGUGAGUGUAUUUGUUGCCGGUGCAUGGUGCGCGUCCCCGCGCUCUGCAGCAUCUACACUGAGCACUGCAGCCUGCACUUGAAGCACAAACCUCGUUCACUGAUAUCACGAGAGCCAACAUGCCACAUUCAGCAUUCAACAUGAUGAACUAUAAGCUACCAGAGGAGGUUGUUAUAAGUCUACAUGCAGUUAAAGACUCCCAGUGCUAGCGCCAUGCGCCAUGCCUUCGGGGACUCCGUUUGGUCGACCACAUCCUCCCAGUAGCUCCUGAUUGAGGGCCAGCAUGGAAGAGAGCAAGCUCAUCUUCAGCCUGGACGGCCACGAUGAAGGUCCCACCGUGGCCUUCAGCAAAGACAAACAACGCAAAAGGGACAGCCAGCCUGACCUCAGCCUGGGGAUGGAUUUGAACCUGAGCCUAAAUCACCGCUCCCAGCCUCCCUUUUUGCCUCACUCCCCCUCAUCCCCGGGCUCUUUAGCGGAUCUAUCGGCAUCUUCGGCAGACCUGCUUGUCACCACCAACCUUGUCAAAUCCUCCUCCACAGACCUGGAGCCGAGGGAGAGCAGCUCCCUGCGAGGCAAACCUCUGCUCAGCCUGGUCAAGUCCCUGAGCACCGAGAUUUCCCGCCGGGUCGAGCCAGAGGUCAAUCUCUCCAAGUCAGACUCCAAGCUGCAUUUGCACCCCUGGAAGCAGCUAACCCAUCCCAAAAUCCCAGAGACCAGGCCUGUAGCAGAUGGGCUGAACGAGAAUGAUGACUGGGUGUCGCCUCUUUCCGCUGGCGGCGUGCCUCCUGCUGAACCCCGGGGCAGCUCGCUGAUUGCUGAGCUGGAGGACACGCGGAGGAAGUUCUCCGAGGCCAUGCAGGAUCCGCUGAGCAUGCUGAGUAAGAUCAUGGGGGACGAAAGCUCCGGCAGCCCAAAGCAAGGGAGGGCUUCUGGUGCCGGAGAGUCACCGUCCUCCCAAGGCAGCUGUGGAAGAGACGGUGACAGUGAAGAUGCAGACCUCAAGUGCCGAAAGAGAGCUGAAAGUGAGCCCAGAGGUGUGUGUGACACAUCUCUGAGAAGACUCCAAAAGAGCUCCUUAACAAAAUCCUCCGUCUCCCCAGAACACCACAGCAGUGACAGCCAUUUAGAAAUCUGCACUUAUGGAGAUGUGAUUCAGGUGGUGGAGCUCCAGAAUGGAUCCAAGGGGACACAUCAUAGAACUUACACCCAGGCUAGAGUCACGGUGCCAGGCUCAUCGCUGCCUCUUCACUGGCUCUUCCCUGUGGGUCUUCUGGCUUAUGGUUUCUUUGUGUUGCCCCUGCCCUCCUAUGUGACGGGUCUGUCCGUGGGGGUUGCAUGUGGCUUCAUGUUGGGCCUGGUGGUUGUGUUCAUGUUUGCUCCGCGACGCUCGUCUGCCAGAAGCAACAAGGGUUUGAGCAAAUCCAGUACCCUGAACAUGGAGCCACUGGAUGGAGAGCUCACAGAUCCAGAAAUCCUAGAGGGCUGGAUGAAUGAGACACACAGCUACGACCCUGAGACCUUCCACCCCUCCAUCACACACUCCGUCUACGUCACCCUGGAGGGCAGCCAGCUGUGCCUGGCAUACCCAUGUAACAACAUCCCCCGGUGGGCAGCGUUCGACGAGACGUCCCACGAGGCCGUGUUUUUGCGCUCACGUACUUACACGCUGGCAAACUGUAAGGUGUCUCUUUUGCCGCCCGGUUUGGCUCGCAAGAGGAUCUGGAAUAAGAAGUACCCCGUCUGCGUCACUCUGGCUGAGGGGGAGGUCGGGGAGGAGAGUGUAAUCGAAGGGAAGGAGGAGGAAGAAAGGGCAGAGAGACACACGGUCCCGGACCACCAGCUUCCUGUCACCUUGUACCUGUUUGGCCGCACAGGAAGAGAGAAGGAGGACUGGUUCCAGUACUUCCUGUCUGCCUCCCAGGCUGGAGCCCAGAGCAGUGUGAGCAGCCAGGAGAGUGCAGAAACACCAUGUGCUGGAGACGCUGCCAGAGAAGGCCCAGAGGAGCUGCAUGAUUUGCCGGGAGCUCUGAAAACAAGAACGCUAUUGGAGUACAGCAUCUACAUGACUCAACUGAUUGGCACGCCGAGCUGCAAUCCCACCCCCAGCCCCUGCCAUAGUGACAAGGGAAGCCCCACAGCUCACAAGAAGACUCACAAUGAAGAGCAUGGAUCUGGAGGUCAAGCAGGAGAUGAGCCCAGCGCAGGUUCAGUGGCAGAGGGCCGCUCGGCAGAGGGCCAGCCCACCUGGGUGAACUCCCUGGUGGGACGGAUCUUCUGGGACUUCCUGCAGGAGAAGUACUGGACUGAUCAGGUGGCGCACAAAAUCCAGAAGAAACUCAGCAAGAUCAAGUUGCCAUACUUCAUGAAUGAGCUGACGUUGGCAGAUCUGGACAUGGGUACUUGCCUACCUCAAGUCCUCAGCACCUCCCCACCAACACUUGACCGCAGAGGCCUGUGGCUGGAGCUGGAGGUGGUGUACACAGGCUGCCUUCAGAUGACCCUGGAGACUAAGAUGAACCUGUGUAAACUGGGUAAAGAUGGAGAGGACGAGGCUCACAGCGUUCUAGAGACCCAGCAAGUGGGCUCUAAGCCCCGGCUAUGUGUACUGGCCGAUAGUGAUGAAGAGUCGUCCAGCGCAGGCUCGUCUGAUGAAGAGGAAGCCCCCCCCUUUGAGCCGCAGGCGUCUCUAGGGGAGAAGAGCACAGUGGUAGCAGCUGAUGGGCACACUGGUAGCAGCACAAGUAGGAAGAUCUUGAGAUUUGUGGACAAGAUAGCGAAGUCCAAGUACUUCCAGAAAGCCACCGAGAACGAGUACAUCAGGAAGAAGAUAGCUGAGGUGUCUAACAUGCCUCUGAUGCUCAGCGUUGAGGUCCUGGAGCUCUCUGGCACUCUGGCCAUCAACAUCCCACCUCCCCCUACUGACAGGAUAUGGUACAGUUUCCGGGUGCCUCCCAAGUUAGACCUUCAUGUGCGACCCACGCUCGGGGAGAGGGAGGUCACCUUCACUCAUGUCACUGAGUGGAUCGAGAGAAAACUGCAGUGUGAGUUCCAGAAAGUGCUUGUGAUGCCCAAUAUGGAUGAUCUGUAUCUGCCCCUGAUGACAUCCGGCCUGGAAAACCCACCUGCAUCCCACCAAUCCUCAAUCCAUUCCUCAUCCCACCAGUCCUCCAUGGAGUCCCAGGACGACCUGUCAGAGUAGUGCCCCUUUGAGGCCACAGAUGAGAUUAUGUCGAUGUAAAAAAAGAAAAAAAGCCACUGUGCAGCUAUUGCCAUGACUCUCUAAUUGAUUCCGAGGCUGCUGUAGCUGGGUACCGGCUUGGUGUUUAUCCUGAGCGUGUUGAUUGUAACCAGUGCAGGAUGAAUGCAGCUGAGCAAGUGCAGCGACCUCGGGACUGUGAGAAUGGUGCUAAAGUGCCCUGUACUGUGAAGAUGAUUGAACUGUAUACCAGUUAGAGCACUUUUUUUUUUUAAUUUGAUGCCAACACUGAUAAAAGAUGUAAAUACUAGAUGUACGUCAAAACAAGGUGCUGUAGAUGACCUGGUGAAGAAUGUUGAAUUAACAAACUAUCUAUUUAAUCAUUUUCUAAUCCACUGAUGAAAAACAUGGAGAUGAUAAUGAUGAUCAAGCUUCCAUGGUGCAUGUUGUUUUUGAACAAUGUAAAUAAACUCAUGGAUUAUCAGCGAAUAAAAACCUGUUAAAUCUA